AUUCCCAUUAGUAACUUCCAUGUGCGGGGCAAGAAUGGCAGCGCUAUCUAGAACUCAGUCAAAAAGGGAGAUUAAAACAUGGGUGGUUAAACGUUUCAUUAAAGAGUGAUGACCGCGUCCCUUGGAUUUCCACAACAAAAAGAAACUCUGCAUGCUUUCUCUGAGCUUUUCUUUUCACACUCUUUUCUACGCAUUUCCGCCGUUUCUUAGUCCGCCCCCCUUCCUCACCCCAUCGAUAUUAUCCGGAAGUGUGUACAUUAAGACUGUAACACCUUUAUCUCUGGAGCCGGGGUGAGGAAGGGGAACUUCAUACCGGAAACUACGGUGGGCGGCGGGUUAGCGAGAUCGGUUCCUGUCGGACCUCUACGCCCCCUAGCGUGCCUCCUCUCCGCUGCGCAGGGGCGCCAUAGAGCAGAGGAGGAGGGAUUGAUGCGGGGCCGUACUAGGUUGUGUGGGUGUAUUCCGGAAACGUCAGGGGCUUCUUCGAGGGUCUUUGGAGAGGGGCUUGGCGCUUCUUCGACUCCGCGGGUCGGCGGGUAGGGUUAACUUCACCAUCUCCGCCUCCUGGCUCCCUUUCGCUUGUUGCUUCGAGAGGCUGUACAGGCCAGGGUCAGAAGCGGCUGCUUCCUCGGUGGAUCAGUAGAACCACCAGGUUUCCUCUGAGCGCCAAGACAGGGAUGAAGGCACUGACAGGUUCUAUAUGAUCAUGACUUGUACUAUAGAGAAGAUCCUGACAGAUGCAAAGACUCUGCUAGAAAGGCUAAAAGACCAUGACAAUGCGGCUGAGUCUCUCAUUGACCAGUCCACCAUGUUGCACAAGCGGGUUGUGGCCAUGAAAGAGACUGGCACAGCUCAUUCUCACAAGUACCAAGAAGAUGCAUCUGAGCUGAAGGACUUGUCGAAAUACAAACCUCACAUUUUGCUGUCUCAAGAGAACACACAGAUCAGAGAUCUGCAACAGGAAAACAAAGAACUGUGGGUCUCUUUAGAAGAACACCAAGAUGCACUGGAACUUAUUAUGAGCAAAUAUAGGAAACAUAUGCUACAGCUCAUGAUGAAAAGAAAAGAAGUGGAUGCCCGGCCAGUUCUGAAGGUGCAUCAGGCUCAAUCUGCAGAAAUUGAGAGUCAAAUAGACAAGAUCUGUGAGAUGGGAGGGAUGAUGAGGAAAGCAGUUCAUGUUGACAAUGACCAGUAUUAUAAAAUACAGGAGAAGCUAGCACAGUUAGAGCUUGAAAAUAAAGAGUUACGAAAACUAUUAUCGAUCAGCAGAGAAUCUGUUGAGGUGAGGCAAGAGAAACUGCCUGAUGAUGCAUCACAAGCCACAAAACCACUGCCUUUGAAUAGUUGAUAUUUGAAACAGAUAACUGUAUUAAAGAAAACUGUAUAUUUAUUUUCCAUGCUGUUCUUUAAUUUUGUCAUCUUGUCUCUUGGGUAUCAUUCCAGCCUUUGCUAUAUAGACUGUGCAUUGUGCACAGCCUUUGGAAGUGACAUCUUCUGCUGGUUAAGAUUUGUCCUGUUUAAUCAGAAAAGUACUUGUGCAGUCAUAUUCAUCAGCAAAUGCUUUCUCUGGAUUAUCCUUGUUUUCAGAAAUCUCAAUUGGACAGAACAAUUAGAUCAUCUUUGGCUUUUUUUUUGUGUAAGUUAGUUAUUUUAAAGGUCAUGGUCUUUAUCAGAAGGGCAUUAAAAUAGUCUGAACAAAGAUAUUUUACUUAGAAAUAAGUCAUAUUGAUUGUAUUUGUAUUUACUUCCAAGUAUAUAUGCUAUGUACUUCCAUCUUAAACAUUGGUCAAAGUGGUGUGUUAUUGAAGUAUAGUCUACGAAACUACCUACCUGCUAACAUCAGCAAAUUAGAUAAUCUUUUUUUCUCUUAAAGUAUUCUUUGGAACCUAUAAACAUGGUUAUUCUCCAGAUGGGCACAGCGUCUAUAUACAGGAUUUUUCAUAGGUUAUAACAAAGCCUGCUACACCUGUCUUCCUUAGUAUGUGUGCAUGGACAUGUAAUCCAGCCAGCCUCUUUCUGUACUUCCCAAACUUGAUUAAGGAAUAAAUUCCUGUUCCUUGACUGAGCAGAGAAGGGAUGGAUGCACAGAUUUCUAAUUCCUUAUAAUGAGUGCUUAGGCAUUCAUGCCAGCAAAACAGGUCUUUGUUCCAUCCUAUGGAGAUUUCUUUCUCUGCAUGCACUGCACUUGCAUGGGAAAGACCAUGGCUUACAUAUUUAUGAUUUCAUACUACUGAAAUGUAGGCCUACAUUAUUACUUCUUAAUAUUGUAAAAGUAGUUAUUUUAUGUUACAUUUUAUUAAUACUAAAACACUGUUGUUUCAAGAAGUAUUUGUAAAAAUUAUUUUUUCUUCAUCUUCUUGAGGCUUCAGACAGGUGCUGCAAAUAACUUUUAAAGUUUUGAGUACUUCACUGCCCUUUCAGGAAAGUAUUCGGCAUACUUCAAGAAGCAGUGAGGAAAAGUAAAUUAUACACUGAUUCUCUAAGAACACACCUAAUCCCACCUUUGUUCACAUCCUUCUGAAGAUUAGCGAUUUUCUGUUUUACCUUCCUAACUGCUUGCUUGCAGACUUGCACAUUGUCACAUCUGGUAAAUUCUGUGACUAUUUCACAUUGUUUAUGAGGGUAGAUAUAGAAAUUGAAAUGUGCCCAGCCUGUGCAGUCAUGUGUCUGUCUAAAUGGCUUUAUUCCCAUAGCACACUCCCAGUUUCUACAGCACAUUGCCUCUUUCUGAGACUUUGUAAACCAUGAAAAUCAGAAAUGCCUCCAUUUGAAAAUCCUUCUGGCAAAACAGAUUUUUAAAUGGUCUUGUGUUUUGCAGAUAGAAUUUCAGAGUAGGAUCUGCAAGCUUUACUUUGUGUUGCUUGUAGCUGUUCACUAUUGACCUGAAAUUGACGCAGAAAGUAUUAUAGUCACAUAUGUCCAUUUCCCUGUUACAUUCUUUCCUAUGGUGGGGAGGAGAGACAUGCUUAUUCCUCAAAUUCAUCUUCUGGUAUUUUUAGAUUAUCACAAUUAAUAUUUUAAUUUGAGGAUGACACUGACAAAGAGCUGCUGCUUCAGCACAUUUUGCAGAUAUAUCCCAAUAGCAGGCCAGAUUCAGCUGCAUAUCAUCAUUUUGCAGCAUUAUGCCUUAAAUAUAUGCCAUUGGUGCUAUUUUCAGAAUCAACAAGUUCCUGUAAUGAGCAACAACAUGUGCUCGGUCUGUGCUGCAAUUCUGGAUUAUUUUGUAAUACCCUACCUCUAGAAUGCUGUGACGUAAAGAAAUGAUUUACUGGAGUGGUGUGCUCUUAUUCACCAUCUUGUCAGCCUGCUCUGAUUGGUGAAUUCAAACCAUUCUCUUUGCCUCCCAGGUUACUAAAUAUGUAUAUUGAUUCAUUUUCUUUAAAUAAAUGUUUUGAGGCAAUAAUGCAUGUUGUUGUACUUUUGUACAGGAAUUAUUUAUGGGUGCAUUUUAGCUUUGAUUAAUAUUACUGCUUUCUGAUUUAAAUGCUUGGAUGUUAGAAGUUCUAUCCUCUGUAUUUAAAGUGUAAAUCAAAUUCAAUAAGGAAACUCUAUAACUUCCACAUACUGGAAUUGAUAAGUUGACUAUGAAUCAACUGAUUAAAGUUUAAACAUUCCAAAAA